CCUUUAAAACAAUGAAUAGUGUAACAAUUAAGUGUUAUUGUAAAGCCAUUUCCAGUUCAUUGUGCAAUAUGAAUCUGAAGUGCAAUAAGGAAACACUAAGCUAGACUGAACUAACAAACCAACAUUACCCAUGCACCUUGGACUCGGAAUUACCCAGGCAUCUAUAAUGAAGAGCUCCCACAGAACGAAGAUUAUAUAGUUCACUCUAUAUACAUUCACCACAGACAUACUAGUAUAUAGCCGCGGAUUUCAACUUUGAAUUCAUUAUUGGUUGGAUGCAGGUCCCUACUGGACUUCUAAACACUGGAUAUCUGUUCACUGACCCGGGGUUUUGAGGCAGGAGUGACAGUAUUUUGUUAAAUUGACAGUGCUUGAUCUUCACUCAGUAGAACGAACCAAAAUUCGAAAUGGGCAUCUACACCAUAUUCAUCUACUUGUCACCAAUGCUGGCGAUGACCGUUGCCUACAUCAACACAGGACCAGGGACCACGUCCAACAUUACUGACAUCUUAACUGGUAGAUGCGAGGAAUACCGGAAGUGCCUCCUGGGAGAGCCAUGUCUCCCGUUCUAUCGCAAUGUCAAGUGUCGUGCAGCAGUGGAGUCGUUUUUUAAAGGCAUUCGCAAUAUGGAUCCAUGUGCUACCCCAGACAACGCAUAUGAUGAAUUCCUCAACAUGGUCCCACCCACCACAGUUCGUGGCACGACGAUGUUUUGGUCGGGUGUUAUGGGCAACAACAUACCACAGGACGUUGCUCAGGUCACCCCUGAGUUCAGUGUGCUAGAGGAGACCUUUCCGGGUUACAUGGCAGGUAACCUGUCCUGGUGUGGCGCUACGGACGGUGAUGGCACGGGACUCGGACUCAACUUCACCGUCUGUCCGACAUGGACAAGUGAAACGUGUCCCAACAAUACCAAGGCGGCAUUCUGGGCUAGGGCAUCGAAGAUGCUAGCAACGCAAGCUGUUGGUGACGUCUAUGUUGUUCUGAAUGCGCAAAGAGCUGGCGGGGCUUUCAACAAUGGCAGUAUAUUCGCCACGAUAGAAGCACCUAAUCUCAACCAGGACGUGGUCACAAAUGUCGCCAUCUAUCUCAUCCCAGACUUCCAACUUGCAAUUCCGAAUGAGAUGUAUCGAGAGACGUGUACCAAUGGAAGCGUUUUGUACUUGCAGAAUUUCUUGAUGAACAUGAAUUUUAAUGUGACAUGUGAGGAGAACCCUAAGGAAAUCAUGUGGCUUCAGUGUGCUCGGUUUGCAAAUAGUCCAUACUGUGGGCCAUACGCCAAAGGUAACCCGGUAGUAGCCGCAUCAAUAGUGGUUAUACUGCUUCAAGCCUUUUUCGCUAUGUCUCUCAGUGGUUGGAAUACAAUAUCUACUACCCUAUAAAGAUUGGGAUGGUUUUUUGCGAAAUCCUAGUUUGCUUGCCUCGAAUGAAAACAGAAAAUCAUGUUUAAAAGUAAUUAGUGAUUGUUAACGAAAUGAAGAAAAAAAGAACGAGAAAUUACGAAAUGUUAACAAACGCUGACAUUAUUUUUUUUUAAAUUCUGCAUGUAUUUGUUUUAAAUGAUAGUUUAUUGAGAUUUAUGUAAAUUUAUAGAGACAGUAUGUACAGUAUGUAAAUUAGAAAUCGCCAUUCGGCAAUCGGUCACAAACAUUGAUAAGAGGGUGAUGUCAUCAAAAUUAAUGAUUCCUCUUUGUUCAUUAGUGUAUGAGAAUUCAUAUUUCUUUAUCUUUAAAGUUCUAAGAAUAAACUAAAUCAAAUGAAUAGUGUUGUUUAUCCUUGGUUUCAGGAUGUAAACAUUAGUCCACGCCUUUAAUCAACAAAAAAAUUAUACAAUGACUAAAAUAAGCCG